AUGUGGUCUCAGAAGCAAUUCACGCUGCCGUCUCGGUCCCGUGGCUCGUACCUCAUCACCGACAUUGUUCUCAACGAGCUCCCCGAGAUCAAGACGUACAAGGUCGGCCUGCUGAACCUGUUUGUCCAGCACACGAGCUGUGCGCUGAGCCUUAAUGAGAAUUGGGACGAGGAUGUUAGAGCCGACAUGAGUGACACGCUUGACCGCAUUGUGCCCGAGGCCGGUCCGAAAGGGGAGCCGCUUUACCGGCACGACGCUGAAGGCCCCGAUGAUCUGCCGGCCCACGUAAAAUCCGCCCUGAUUGGGGCGAGUGUCACGAUUCCCAUCAAAGACGGCAAGCUGUGUACUGGUACAUGGCAGGGAAUUUGGUACCUGGAAUUCAGGGCUGCCAGGCACUCCCGUCGGGUUGUCGCCACAAUACAAGGCGAGCAGGCAUCGUAG